AUGAAGAUUCUAUGUGUGGCGGAGAAACCAUCAAUUGCGAAGGAAGUGGCAAAUAUUCUAGGAGGAGGCAGAGUGCAGGUCAGAACUUCGAAAAACAAGUACAUCAAGAACUACGACUUCAAAUUUGCUUUCCCCGAUCGUGGCCUCUGUGACGUAACAAUGACAUCGGUUGUGGGUCAUAUUACGAAUCUUGAUUUCCCACCACAGUACCAAUGGGGUAAAUGUGCAGCAGAAAGACUCUUUACAGCUGAGAUUGUAACAAAAAUAACCAAACAAGACGUGUUUGACAAUAUAGCAAAGGAGGCAAGGAAUGCUGACAAAUUGAUGAUAUGGACAGAUUGUGAUCGCGAAGGUGAAUUUAUUGGCAAAGAGAUAUUUGAUGCGGCAAGGAAGGGAAAUAAUAGGAUUUUACUCACUGAUGUUUGGAGAAGCAAGUUUUCCCACCUUGAGAGAAAUCAUAUACUACGGGCAGCAAAGUCUCCCAUAUCACUAGAUAUGAAAGCAGCAUCUGCAGUAUCGUGCCGUAUGGAACUUGAUUUUAGAGUUGGUACCAGUUUCACGCGACUUUUAACAGACAAUUUGAAACUCAACAAUAUUAUUGAUAAGAAGGAUAUAGCAUCUUAUGGUACAUGCCAGUUUCCCACGCUUGGGUUUGUUGUUGAUAGGUACAAAAGAGUAAAGAAUUUCAAACCAGAACCAUUCUGGUAUAUUGAACCGAUGUUGCGAAAAGAAAGUAAGAGAACCACGUUUAGCUGGGUCAAGGGUCACAUUUUUGAUAAACUAUACGUCUUGCUUAUGUAUGAGCGAUGUCUCAAGCACGAACAGGGCGAGAUCACCAAAUUGGAAACGAAGCAAACCACAAAUUACCGUCCUUUACCACUCACCACAGUUGAGUUGCAAAAGGAUUGUGCCAAGUAUUUCAAAAUGUCUGCAAAGGCCACCCUCGAGGCUGCCGAGAAGUUGUACAACAGAGGCUUUUUAUCGUAUCCUAGAACCGAGACCGACAAAUAUCCUCCCACGAUGGACUUUAAAGGCAUAUUUGAGAAGCAGAAACAAGAUCCUCGAUGGGGGCCAUACAGUGAAGGAUUACUAAACAAUGGUCACGAGCAACCAAGAAACGGAUCACACGAUGAUCAUGCACAUCCGGCAAUUCAUCCUGUAAACUACGUUUCUAUUGAUUCAUUACAAACUACCAAUGAAAAGAAGGUGUAUGAAUAUGUUGUACGACGAUUCUUGGCUUGUUGUUCCAAAGACGCUAAGGGUAUGUUAACUCUGGCUACAUUGAAAUGGGGAGAUGAGUUUUUCACUACAAGUGGAUUAAUGGUUACCGAGAGGAAUUACCUUGACAUAUUCACAUACAAGAAAUGGGAAAGUUCUAAACUGUUGCCCGGCUUUCAUGAAGGUGAAAAAGUGAAAAUCUCGAGUGGGUUGAUGAAAGAAGGUCGAACCAGUCCACCACAAUUAAUGACUGAGCCUGAACUAAUUGCCUUGAUGGAUGCAAACGGUAUCGGUACUGAUGCAACAAUUGCAGAACAUAUAGAUAAAAUUAUGUCACGGAAAUACGUCACCAAGAUGAAACGGAACAAAAUUGAUUACAUUGAGCCUUCACCGUUAGGGAUUGGACUUAUUGAAGGCUUUGACAAAAUGGAGUUUAACGGAAUCUCUCUAUCGAAGCCAUUUCUUCGAAAAGCGUUGGAAAACUCGUUACAGGAUAUAUGUAAUGGAUCGAAAACCAAGACCGAGGUAGUGGAAGAGAUGAAACGAAUCUAUCGUGACGCGUAUGGCAUAUGUUUGCAAAAAGUGUCACUUUUAACAAACGAAUGUAGAACUAAUCAAAAUAGAAGGUAG